AACAGCGAACCUACCAUGCUCGAAUCGUUCUCCCGUACGCUUCGUACCUACGUCCCAUCCUCGAUCCAUAUUCCCGCAGCAGCACCUUCCCCGCCACUUGUCUCACGCCCAGUAUCUUUCGGAAGCUUCAUGCUCUCUCCCGCUAAUGCCAACUCCAACGCCACAAUCAACGCCACCCACCCCACUGCCGGCGCUAAAGCUUCGCACAGGGGUAGCAUGCGCAUCCGUGGUGGUGGACAAGUAAGCCCAUCCGGUGUCAGCGCCCUGGAUGACAUAUCCGGCUUUGAGGGUGGCCCUUUUGGCAGCGAAGAACCAUAUGACUCCGGCGAGGAAGAUCAGGACGCGUUUGAAGGUCUGGUCCAUCGUCAAGUUACUGUGUAUCCUACCGUAGACGAAGGCGAUGCUAUUGUGUUCUCCCGUUGGGACACCAUGAAAGCUGGGUCUGUGUCUCGUCGCCUUCUUCUCGUAGGCUACAAUCGUGGUUUUCAAAUCUGGGACUGCACCAAUCUGGCAAGCGUUUCUGAGAUUCUCAAUUUGUCAGGCUCAGCAUGGGGAACUGUCACAUUUGCUGCUAUGCUCGGAAGUCCUCGACUUCACUCUCAUACGUACAAAGAGGCACUCAAGGACGAGAGACCACUAGUUGGCAUUGUUUCGAGGACUGGAGACCGCAACGCUUUCUUCGUUUACUCCUUAUGUUCGCACAGGGUAGUUAAACACUUCGCAAUGCACGACGUAGCGUCUUUUGUCUCCAAUGAAUGGGUUACUGUUGUUAGUACAACGAACCCCCCAACGCUUCAUAUUCUUUCUUCGUCUUCACUUGCGGUUAUACAUACUAUUCCAGCAUCUUCAAUUUCAGCUUUCACUUAUCCAGCACCUACAUCAACUAUAAAUUUGGGUACCAAUCUAUCUAUAACGCCAACUAUCACUUCACCUUCAAAGGCACAUACCAAUUCUCAUACAGUGCAUCCACAGCCGAUAUAUGCGCUUUCACAUCGCCUCCUUGCAUUUGCUUCGCCAGCUCCUACAUCCCAUGCACCACCUAUUGACGCUACCUCAAUUCCCUCUACACUUCCCACCCCCGUUUCCUCGCCUGGAGUAUCUCCUUCGCCUCCACUCACAGCUCAUCACCGGCGUUCAUCUUCAUCCGCAUCUGCUUUUGGGCUAUCACAAGCCGAGCUGGGUAGUGCAGCACUCAAGGUUGGAGGAAGCGUAUUAAGUGGGAUGAAGAGUCUUGGUGGAUUUGCUUACAAUGCAGCUACAGAGUAUGCGAAGUCACGUGGUGUCCCUGGCUUGGGGCAAGGGCAGCCAUCGGGCCACACAAGUGGAGGGCGUCACAUUGGUGGAGGGCGUCAAGCAGGAUCAGGAAGUAUGCUUUUUUCGCGCAGCGCGCCUGCUGCGACUUCCAGUAGCGAGUUGUCAAAUGCAGAGGGUGAAACCGGGACACCUGGCUCUCCAAGUUUGGGAGCGGGCCGAGGUGUCAGCACCAGUAAAGGGUCUUAUGUUACCGUACUCGAUUUGGCGCCGAUACUUGGCAUUUCCACCGGAAAACCCAAGGACAGUACUAAGAAGGGACCGCUGCCAAUUGCACAUUUCGCAGCGUCCAAACACCAACCCGUCGCUCACCUCGCUUUCACUUCUGAUGGCACCUCUCUCGUUGUUUCCCCACGCGAUGGACAAGUAGGUCGCAUGUUCCAGCUACGUCCUUCUCCCGCUCUGCGUAAGAGAUACGAUGGAGCUGGUGGUGUUGGUGAAGGAGUAUGGCAUGUCUAUAACCUUCGUCGAGGACGUACGUCUGCUGUUGUUGAGGAUUUAGAGGUUUCUAUGGAUGGACGGUGGGUAGCUUUAGGCACACGAAAGCGCACGGUACACAUUUUUGCCGUGAACCCUUAUGGAGGCAAUCCAGAUCAUAGAAGUCAUGUGGAUGGGAGAGUAAUGAAUGUGCAGGAACUCCAGCCUCUGUCCACUGACGUAACUCCUCUCGUGCGGUUGCGAGCUAUCAAAGCUCCUUCUCCUGAUCGCACACCUGUUCCUCUCGCUUUCACAUUCCUCGCUCCUACUUCCUCUGUCCUUCCCUCAUCCCUAUCGCCUUCAGCGGACGAAUAUCGCCAGCCUCACCAUUCACGCAGGCCAACGAACUUCCAAGAUGUCCUUAUCUUUGACCCUAGCGACGGUGUACUGUCUUUACGACGUAUCACACUUGAGCAGCGCCCGCGUGAACAUUCUCUAGCGAGCCUCGGGACUAGCAUAUCUUUCCCUGGUACGAGCAUUUCUCUGCCUGGAGUAGGCGCAUCCGGACGACUUGGAGCACCACCUCUUCCGCCUAAGACUGCUGUAAGUGCGGGUGGAGGGGGAAGAGCAUCGGGUCUUACACAGAUGAUGGAAGCAACUAGCAUGGAACUUGUGGGGAAGGAAAGUGUUGUGGCUACAUGGCAAUUAAGGAGACAGCAAGCUUGGGGAGUUAUCAGAACUGUUAUCAAAGAAGCUGAGGGAGGAGCAACUAAAUCCGUAGUGCAGGGAACAGGAGCAGCAGGCUGGCUUGCACAAGCUGAGCUAUCAACGAGUUCGCGCUCCCCACGUAUACUUCCCCGUUCCGUUUAUCUGACUCAUCAGUUUUCUUUCCAUACCCUCGGUGAAGAUUAUCAUGCCCUCAUCCGCCAAUACCACUUGGAUAUCUCCGGCUCGCCUAUCUCAGUUAGGCGAGCAGUCGAGAUAAGCGCAUAUACGGGCGGCUCUGGAGGUGUUGGUGGGGUCCUUGAGUCUGAAUCUUUCAUAGAGGGUUUCGCCUCUUCUGCACGACAUCAUUCCCUCAUAACACCAUCCUCUUUUGACGAGCCCCUUGCAUCUGCCCUCUCAGAUGGUCUUGAACACCCUUCACGCGCACCGCCUAUUCCGAUGCUGCCAAAUGGGACGUUAGGAUCAAACCCACGUUCCUUCAAAGGGUCGAUACCUAUUCGUAACAUGGCGGCUGGCAUGGCAGAGGGGAUGAGCGAAGGCUUUGGGAGGAUUAGGAGGGAAGUUUAUAAAGUACGUUCACCGAGGCUAGGCCCAAGGAGCGAUGGCAGUCUAUCUGCUGGUGGGCAUGUGAACCUCAAUGUACCGCUGGAAUUUGAUGAAGAAGACGAAGAUUUCAUAGGUGAAGAGGGCACGCUGGGCCCUGGCGAGCGUGCAAGGGAAAUUGCGAGAGGAGAUGGGCUAGACGUGAUAUCGCGCAGCACAUCACGCGGCGAAUCCCAUUCUGGAGCUUCGGCCUCUGUAUCUACGCCUUCAACAGGUACGAAUUUGCUCGAGAGCGAGCAUCGCGGCGCUGAUGGCGGAGAGGAUGACCUGUGGACUGGGUGGAGUGUUGAGGAUAAGCAGGCUAUCGACGAAGCCGAGCAGUUUGACGAUGUCGUUGGAUUUUUGGACGAGGAACAGACGCCUGGAGUGCAGGCAGAGAGGAGGAUGAGAAGGCGAUAACGUCGUAGACAGGUAGGGGGACCAUGGACGUCUUUUUUUCCCCUCAGAAGGCACGUUGUCUGUGGUCACGCGGACGAUGAACGUAUAUGUUUGUAUCAUACAGGAAGAAAUUAUAACGGUAGGAAAAUUCAAUUGUUCGUGGUAUUACUUAUAUAUAUCGAGUCUUCUACACCCAACGCUGUUUUAUAUAUUAUUGCCUGCAUGUGCUCUCUGCAGUGCAAUUGUAAUGUCAUUGAAUUGGUAUUUUAUC